UCUAUCGCACGGAUAGGGUGUGUGCGUGUGCGUAUGUGUAACAUCGCGAGUUAAACGUUGUGUAACGUUCGAGAGAAUAAUAGUAUAAAUGCAAAGAUGGCGAUGGCAACCAAUUUUGUUACUCUGGGUGAACUCUGGUCCAGCCACGUUGAAAUGGAGGAAGAAGAUGAAGCGAUAUUUUCCAGAAUCAAGGUCUUAAUAGAGAACCAAAAAUUCGCUUCGCCCUCCCCACAUUGGAACUGGUGAAAGCAUUCUACCCAGAAGCAACAUCGGUGGGAGAGAAA